CCAUAUUGCUGUGCUCCGUGUUGGAAGGAAUUUUCCAUUUGGACAAUCAGAUGGAGAGGGAAAGGAAGAAGCUACAAGUGAAACCGAAAUGAUGCAGCAGGAACUGGAACAGGCACCUGUCAGGCCUAAGCAGCCUAAAGAAUGCUUUCUGAUUCAGCCAGAGGAGAAGGCAGUGAGUACCCCUCAAGCCAAAAGGAGGCGAAAGAAGAAAAUUUCUGAUGUCCUUGCAAAAUCUGAGCCGAAGCCAGGGACUCCAGAGGACUUGAAGAAGCUGAUCAGAGAACACUUCGGCACCAAGCGCUCUGUGAUUGAACUAGAAGAACUGAUACUUCCAGAUUCGUGUUUCCUCCCAGCCAAUGAUCUGUCUCACAGUUUUUCUUCAUACUUAAAAGAAAUCUGUCCCAAGUGGGCAAAGCUCCGUAAAAACCACAAGGAGAAGAAAUCGGUGCUGAUGCUGAUUGUCUGCAGUUCUGCUCGCCGUGCUUUGGAAGUCAUGCGGUCAAUUACUCCAUUCAAAGGAGACUGCAAGGUCCUAAAGUUGUUUGCAAAGCAUAUAAAGAUUCAGGAGCAGGUGAAGUUGCUGGAGAAAGGUGUCAUCCAUCUAGGGGUGGGAACUCCUGGCAGAAUCAAAGCACUGGUCCAGCAAGAUGGCCUGAAUUUGAACUCCUUAAAAUAUCUGGUUUUUGAUUGGAACUGGAGGGAUCAGAAGUUGAGGAGACUGAUGGACAUUCCCGAGAUAAGGAAAGACACCAUUGAACUUCUGGAAAUGAGAGUGAUAAAACUGUGCAGGACAGAAUCUUUGAAGCUGGGUCUUUUUUGAUGUCCUGUCCAAAUGAAGACUCAAGCCCAUCCCACAUGAGAUACCGGGGCUGCGGAUUCCAUCGUAUCUCUGAUCUCCAGCGUUGAAUCACCAUCCAUCAGGGAUAACUCUGUUUUUGCUUUUUAGGAUACUUAACAGAAAGGAGACAUUAGCUUUCUUCCCUCUCUUUUCUUCUUAUAAUAAAACAUAACAAUAAUAAUAA